AUGUCGUCCACCACCACGUAUCUUGAAACCACGUCCGCAGCGCCGGUCAAAAGUGCUACAUCAAUUCUGAAUAGAGCUGAUGGCACAUCCAGUAGCGAGUCUCGUAGUAGAUACCACAUCCCGUGGCCUGCGACGAAAGAAGCGCAACGAAAAUGGCAGCUUGAACAAAUGGCGGGCGCAUUUCGCAUCUUUGCAAAACUCGGCUUUGCCGACGGCGCAAGCGGCCACAUCAGCCUUCGAGAUCCCGUCGAGCCAGACACGUUCUGGAUCAACCCCUACGGCGUGCACUUCGGCCUGCUAACCGUCUCGGACAUGGUCCGCGUCGAUGCGCAGGGCGUCCGGGUUGGCGGCGCAGACAAGCUGAUCAACACAGCCGGCUUCAUCAUCCACGCCGCCAUCCACGAGCGCCGCCCAGACAUCAACGCCGCCUGCCACCUGCACAGCCCGUUCGCGCGGGCGUGGUCGAACUUCGGGCGGCCGAUCGACAUGCUCAACCAGGACAGCUGCAUGUUCUACGACGACCUCGCCGUGUACGCGAACUUUGGCGGCGUGGUGUUUGCGAAGGAGGAGGGCGCGCGGCUGGCCGACGCGCUGGGGCCGACGAUGAAGAAUAUCAUUCUGCAGAAUCAUGGCAGCCUAACGUGCGGCGGCACUGUCGCGGAGGCGGCCGCGUUCUUCAUUGCGCUGGAGCGCGCGUGUCAUUGCCAGAUGCUGACUGAGGCCGCUGUGGCACCGGAUGGGAGCCAGUUGAAGAAGACAAUUGUUGGUGAUGAGGAGGCCGGGUAUACAAAGAGGAGUACGGGCAGCCCGGAGGUCAUGUACAUGCAAUUCGAGCCGGAAUACCGGCUGAUAUUGAAAGAAACGCAGGGGGAUUUCUUGAUUUAA